CUCCUCAGUGCUCAGAUCAGAUCCCGACCCGUGACUCUGCCCUCCGUCCGUCCGACGGUAAACCAUGUAACCGAGCGAGUCCGGGGACGGUGAGGUUCCUCGGUGUUACCGGUUACCGGAGAGAGAAGCAAAGAAAACGCGCAGCAACGACGCAACGCAACGGCCAUGACUGCUCCUCAUCACGGAGGAUAAGAACCGGACUACGGUACCGAGCUAGUGUUGAAGAAAGCAACUGUAAGAGCUCCGGCCCCUGCAGACGCCGUCCCAGACGUAAACACACACCCAGACGUUAAGAGUUACCCUACGUCCUGUGGACAGGAAGACAACAUGGCCUCCAGCUCACCGCCCAGAAACCCCCCCAGCGGCCUCACAGACAGGAGCGGGAGCUUCUUUAAGCUGAUUGACACAUUUGCAUUGGAGAUCGGGGAGCUGAAGAGAGAGAUGGUCCAGACAUCGCCAACGUUUGACAAAGAGCCCAUGGAUCUACGCGGGCUGGAGAAUGAAGUGUGCAGCGUUUACCUGCAGUCCCCCCACUGUGGCGGGGUCGGGGGUGAAAGGGAUUCUGGAUACGACUCCUUGAGAAGGAAGAUGAGCGUGUUGGACAGGCUGACUCAAACCCACCCAGUGUGGCUGCUGCUGGCAGUCAGUGAAGAGGAGGCCUGUCGCAUGCUGCUCAAACAGCCUCCUGGGGUGUUCCUGGUCAGGAAGUCAGCCGCUCUGCAGAGAAAGGUUCUGUCUGUGCGUCUGAAGGAGGAUCAGUCAGGAACUCCCAUCAGCCACUUCUCUGUCAGAGAGAGCCAGUACACCUUUUCUCUCGAGGAAUCUGGGAUCAGCUUUGCAGAUCUGUUUCGCCUGGUGGCUUUCUACUGUAUUAGCAGGGAUGUCCUGCCUUUCACGCUCAAACUCCCAGAGGCCAUUGCAUCUGCGAAAACUCAGAAAGAACUGGAGGAGGUGGCUCAGCUUGGAGCAGGCUUCUGGGACUCUGCCCUGUGCAGUCAGCGUCGCACUUCCCCCCGUCCCUGUCGCCCUCUGAGCCGUACCCUCAGCCCCCAGCGAACAAACAGGAACAGGGAGGUCGAGGGGUCAAAUCCGGGACACGUCGGGGCCCACUGCGACAGCGCGCCCCCGACCCUACGGUCCCACGCCUCUCCACCUUCCUUUCAUCUGGAGAGGAGACACUCCAGCGGUCCUCUGUGCUUCGUCAACCCCCUGUUUCUCCAGACUCAUCGGCACUGCCGCCGCGAGGACGAUCCGCCUAACAAGUCCGAUCCGCCUAACAAGUCCGAUAACAACCUAGAGGACCUAGAGAAUGCGGGGAAACCGUCCGUGGAGUCGUUAAGCAGCAGCAGCCUGGGUAGCGAGCAGCACGUGGACAAGAUCAAGCUGAACGGCAAAUCACGGCUCCCUCCUCCCCGCCCUCCCCCCCCCCGCUCGAUGCCACGCCGGCGCCCUGCCCCGCCUCCACCUGGACCUCCAGCAGCCACCACCAGACCCAAGAGCAUGCCAGAGGCCGUUGCUGUGUCUACACGGCAACUACAGUCCCCGAGCAGGCGCCCAGCACCUGCUCGACCAUCGAUGGGUACCAAGCAGAGCAGCCCGUCCAAAACCGCCAGCUCGCCGAUCCCUGUGCCUUCAAACCCACCACCUCCGAGGCCCAAGAAGCCUGAUCUGGAAGCUCACCGCUGUCACAUUGCCCUGGACGAUGAGACCAUCGCCAAGGCUCUGUCCCGUGCCAAGCUUCCACCCUGCCAGCCUCCGCCUGCCGUCCCUGCUGCUGUACUACUGGAGAAUAACGCCGGGAGUCCGUCCACACGUAAGGAGAGGGGACGCCAGCGGCUCAGUGACAUGAGCAUGUCUACUUCCUCCUCUGACUCACUGGAAUAUUCACAGACUCCUGGAUUCUCCCUGGGCCUGGCCCCGAACCCCUCCCGACAGCUUAACCAUCAAGACCCGGUGGAGGACAGUAGCGAAGACGACGAGGACGGGGAAGAAGAUGAGGAGGAAGACUACGGGGUCGGUUUGGAGACGGACCUAGAAAUGCGCCUCCGUCCGUCCUUCAAAGCGCGGAGGCGAAGGGUCGGCGUGAGCCUGAGUGGUGGCUCCUUCAUCCUCCCCAGAGCCCUGAAGGGACGCUUCCGCAAAGUGAGCGGAAUGCUCAGCUCCCUCAUCACCCCGGAGAGACGGGCAGUGAAAAGGAUCGCCGAGCUGUCCAGGGACAAAAGCUCGUACUUUGGCUCCCUGGUCCAGGACUACAUCAGCUUUGUUCAGGAGAACCGAGGCUGUCACACCUCAGGGAUGGAUUUUCUGCAGACUCUCAGGCAGUUUUUGACACAGAUGAAGGCUUACCUGCGCCAGAGCUCCGAACUGGACCCCCCUAUAGAGUCACUCAUACCAGAGGACCAGAUCGACCAGGUGCUAGAGAAGGCCAUGCACAAGUGUGUCCUUAAGCCUCUGAAGAGUGUGAUCGAGGUGGCUUUAUAUGACUUCCAGGUGAGCAGCGGAGCUUUGCAGCAGCUGAAGGAGAACCUGGCCCUGGCUAAGGCCAAGAGGCCCCAGGAGUUAGGGGUGGACGGAGCUGUGCCUCCUGACCCCCUGGCUAUCGAGAAGAUCCGCCACAAGUUCCUAAACAUGAGGAAGAUGUACUCCCCUGAGAAGAAGGUCUCAUUGCUGCUGCGUGUGUGUAAACUCAUCUAUACCAUCAUGCAGGAUAACUCAGGGAGGAUGUUCGGUGCUGAUGACUUCCUGCCCAUGCUGACUUAUGUGUUGGCCCAGUGUGACAUGCCUCAGCUGGACACAGAGAUCCAGUACAUGAUGGAGCUGCUGGACCCGUCUCUGCUGCAAGGAGAGGGGGGCUACUACCUGACCAGCGCGUACGGAGCCAUGGCUCUCAUCAGGAACUUCCAGGAGGAGCAGGCGGCCCGGGUGCUGAGCUCCGAGGCCAGGAACACUCUGCACCAGUGGCACAGACGGCGCACCACCCAGCGGUCAGCGCCGACUGUGGACGACUUCCAGAACUAUCUCCGCGUAGCCCUGCAGAAAGUGGACACAGGCUGCACGGCAAAAACCCUAAUCGUCCACCCUUACACAACCACAGAGGAGGUCUGCUCACUCUGCGCUUACAAGUUCAAGAUCCCGGACCCUGACACCUACGCACUGUUUCUGGUCACUGAGGACACCAGCCAGCAACUCGCCCCGGACACACACCCUCAACGGAUCAAAGUCGAGCUCCACAGCCGGCCCUUGCACCACGUCUUCCACUUUGUCUACAGGAGGGUAGCUAACCUUAACCUCUGUAUCCCUGCCAUCAUGCACAAUGGAAACUGCCUUCAAGUUGAAUAGAGCAGGAGAAUAUAACAGCUUGCUGCACUUGAUGAUCCUAAACAAUAGUUCUAUUUUGUGGUAUUCUGGUGGUGCUUGUAGAUUUAGUAUAUAGAUUUGAGGAUGUCUGAAUGGAAACAGAAACCAAGCUGUAUAUUGGCAUAUUGAGGCGGAUAUAAAAGUGUCUUUGAUCAAA